AUGGGACAAGGGAUGACGAUGCCCCCUGAGCGGCAAAAUCCAAACUCCUCCUGUGCACUCUUCAGCAGCUCCCCGAAGAGAGGAUGGUUGAAGAAGACCACCGGCACCAUAACGCGGUACAGAGGGUCGACCCCUUCGCGGCCCACGUACACCGCCAAGUGCCCCCUCGGCGGCGGCUUCGGCACGUUGCGGUGGCGGAGGAUCUCCUCCUUCUCGUCGCCGUCCGCUUGGUUUCCGAGGAGGCGGUGCCGCCGCUGGCACAGCCGCUGA